UGCGCAAGAGUUUGAUCACGUGAUGUUUUGGGCUGUUUUGCUCCACGAAACUCUGAAAUGUUAACCGUAACAUCUUAAGCGUCUUCUCGAAAUAGUGCUAAUCUUUUUUUAGUGCUUGAAAAAUGUCGUCGGUCGUGAACGCUGCGUAUGCCGAGUACAACGGAAAAGAGAAAGGGGAUCAGGAAGAUCCUCGUGUGUUGAUCCCAGAGCUCUGCAGACUCUUCUAUGAGCUGGGCUGGGUGACGGGAACCGGCGGAGGAAUAAGCCUUCGUCAUGGUGAGCACAUUUAUAUAGCUCCCUCAGGUGUUCAGAAGGAGAGAAUACAACCAGAGGACUUGUUUGUGUGUGACAUUGAUGAAAAGGACAUCAGUUGUCCUCCUUCACAGAAGAAGCUGAAGAAGAGCCAGUGCACGCCACUCUUCAUGAACGCCUACACUAUGAGAGGUGCUCAGGCAGUUAUUCACACACACUCAAAGUCUGCUGUAAUGGCAACUCUCCUGUUUCCUGGAAAGGAAUUCCGUAUCACACACCAAGAGAUGAUUAAGGGGAUUCGGAAAGGAAACUCGGGCACAAAUUUCAGGUAUGACGACACUCUAGUUGUUCCAAUAAUUGAAAACACCCCAGAGGAGAAAGACUUGAAGGAGCGCAUGGCUCGUGCCAUGGACAUGUACCCCGACUCCUGCGCUGUCCUCGUCCGGAGACAUGGGGUCUACGUCUGGGGAGAGACUUGGGAGAAAGCAAAGACAAUGUGUGAAUGUUAUGACUACUUGUUUGACAUUGCUGUGCAGAUGAAACAGAGUGGCCUGGAUCCUUCUGCUUUUCCCACUGAGGAGAAAGGCAUUGUUUGAGUCUGCAUAAAUAAAAACUGUUACUGUG